UGUACUUUCAGCACUCUAAGAGAGCAGAAAAUGGGUUCCACGGUAUCUAAAGACAUUGAGAGCAUGGCUUCAAGCCAAGAGCAGACAGAUACUACUGACGAAGACAAUGUAGUAGGAAGAGCAGUUGAUCAACAAGAGCAGACAGAUACUACUGACGAAGACAAUGUAGUAGGAAGAGCAGUUGAUCAACAAGAGCAGACAGAUACUACUGACCAAGACCAUGCAGUAGGAGGAGCAGUUGAUCAACAAGAGCAGACUGAUCCUACUGACCAAGACCAUGCAGUAGGAGGAGCAGUUGACCAACAAGAGCAGACUGAUCCUACUGACCAAGACAAUGAUCCUACUGACCAAGACAAUGAUCCUACUGACCAAGACAAUGCAGUAGGAGGAGUUGACCAACAAGAGCAGACAGAUCCUACUGACCAAGACAAUGCAGUAGGAGGAGCAGUUGACCAACCACCUGAUGACCUGCAACACCGUGAGAGUCAGGAAAAAGAACUAAUGGAGCUCCGUGAAAGUGUCCAAACUCAAAGAGGUUUGAUUGCAAAGUGCAAUGCUCUGAAUUUGGCCAAAGAGGCCAUUGAGAAAGACUUGAGACAAGAAAUUCAGGAGCUAAAGAAUACGCUGACGCUGUACAAAGCAGAGCACCUGAGAGCAAAUGAGGCUCUGCAGCAAGAGAUUGAGGAGCUCCACAAAAGGCUGUCUUCGGAGGAAAGGUGUGAUGCAAAGAGGGACACAAUUGAAGCCAUGAGGUUCCAAAAUGACACAAUGAGAGAGGAGUUCGAGGAGCUCAAGAAGAAUCGUCAAACUAUAGAAGCUUUGGAUGAAGUCUUCGAUGCACAUCGGGCAGAGGAAGAGGCGAUUAGCCAGGAAAACGACGAACUCCAACAACGUAUUCAGGACAUGCGCAAAAACAUCCGUAAUGAAAAGUCUUUGCAGGAAAUGGAUAACACGGUGACAGCAUCAUAUGUGGUCCUCAGAAAACAAAGUGACGCACUGCAACAACAACUCAUGGAGCAAACCAAAAAGUAUGACGAACUGAAAGUUCGGGAAGUCAUGUGGAAGGAGAGGAAGAGCAGCAUGGACUUAUUGAGCAGACAAAAUGAUAACAUCGAACAACAAGUUCAGGCGAUUACAAGAAAGGUCCAGAACAAAGAAAACUUGGAGAAGAAAAACAGGCACAUUAAAUCAGAAGAAAAAGUCGUCUCGACCAGAAAUACAGAGCUUCUCAAAAUACGUGGAAAGCUCUACUCAAAGCUUCUAUGUAUUGGCGACCAUGAAGACAGUUGCCAAACUAUGACAGACGAGAUAGAAGCCAUGAGAGAGUUCAAUCAGAAUCUCCAAGAAGAAAUCCAGGCACUCAACGAGGAGGUCAUAAACAAAACUGCUUUGCAAGCAAAAUAUAAAUCAAUGAAAGCAGAGAAAAAGGUUCUAACUCACCAAAAUGACAACCUGCAUAAAGAACUUCAGGAGCUGCACAAAACGAUUACAAAGGAACAAGCUUUGAAAGACAGGAAUGCUAUCCUUGCAGAAGAAAAUGAAUUAUUGCGCAAUCAAAACCUCUCACUUGACCACGAGAUCCAGGCGCUCUACAGCAGACUCCAAAGUGAGAAAGUAUUGGAGGCCAUACAUCAGUUGCUGAAGGUACAAAAAAAUGCCAUAAGCCAGCAAAAUGAUUCACUUCGACGAGAGAGCCGGGUGCUCCAUAAAAGGUUGAAAAGACAAGAAACUUUACAAAAUCAGUGCAAAGCGACGAACGCGGAGAAAGAGAACAUCAGCCGAGAGCGUGACAUCCUACAACAAGAAAUCCAGCUGCUGAACAGCAUGUGAGGAGCUGUGUUGUGG